AAAAAUAUUGUGUGCUGGCCAUACCGUGUGACGUCUCGUAAGGCUUUGAGGUACGGGGCUCGGUGCUGCGUUAUACGUCAAAUGGCCCUCAUCUGCAGCAAAUCUACGAUCUCCGCUUCGGUGGCAAGCGGUAGAUCUUUCCAGACAAUUGUGCCUUUGUCGGCAGGCGCACGGUCUCUCCUGUUCGGGCUGGCCAGCUGGACGCGUCCACCAGCCCGGACAAAGCACCAGGUCGCCCGCGCCACGGGUCCAUCCCCCGCGGUCCCCCCACAAUACGUUGUGGGAGGCGAUGGCGACCCCGAGAUGGCGACCUUUCAGAACCACCAGCAGUCCGCCCCGCGGCCCUCAGCUGCGGCGGAGGCGCGGACGGUGCUGGAUCAGGGAAAGUGA